UUCCUCAUAAAUCACAUAAUCAUUAAGAAUUAUUUCUCAAUUGUUGAUCAUAUUUUUCCUUAAUCAAAUGAUCAUUAGAUUCCCAAAUCUUUUCUAAAAAUCAUCAACUGGUCAAUCGUUGCUCAUUCAAACAAUUAAACUUGUUUUUCUUUUAAUAUUAAUCGAGGUAGAAAUUUAAAUUUCCAUCAUAAUUAUUGAAACUUUUCAGUGGUAAACAACAAUCAAAAUGUUGGUAUUUAAUUUAAUUUUGUUCUUCAUCACAAUUGAAAGUGUCAUCUCAUCUAAUUGGUUAAUUAAACAACCUCGACUAAUCAGAACUGGAUUUACAAAUAUAUUAUGGGAAUAUAUUGAUUCGGAUGAGUUUAAAUCCAAUGAUCAAUUAACUAAACAAUGUAAAUUAAGCUUAAAUCAUGUUAAUCAAUCAUUAAGUGAAGGUCAAAUUUGGCCAAUCAAAUUGAUUGAAACCUCAGGUCGGAUUCCUGAACAAUUUAGUGGAUCUGGUUAUGCAUCUCUAGGUGAUUUUGAUAAAUGCCAACAAUUAACUUGGACUAAUUACAAUGGUGACAAUCAAAUUGCCUCUUAUUGUUUAAUCUCAUUGCUACCGGACAAUCAAAAUUACGAUGAUAAUAUUUUCACUCAUCAUAAAUUAAUAUCACCUGAAAAUGGAAACAGUAUCAAAAUUGGAUUAUGUUUACCAGCUGAUUGUUCAACUAAUGAUUUACAAAUUAUCACAAUCAAUGCACUUAAACCAUAUGAUUGGGAGCUAAUUAAAGUUGAUCAUUGUUCAAUUUACCAAACACCAAUUGAAAAAUUAACUAAAUCAUCACGAUUACAAAAAGUUUGCUUUUUGUUAACAGUUUCAUUGGUGGCGAUGGCAUUGAUUGCAAAUCUAUUGGAAUACAAAUCAACAGCAAUUAAUAAGUCGAAACAAUUAAGUUGGUUAAAAUGUUUCUCAUUUAAAUCCAGUUAUCAACAAAUUUUUCAACCAAAUUUGUCUCAAAUUAAGAUGCUUAAUUUACUUCAAUACUCAAUUAUGCUUCAUUCAUUUGUGCUGAUUGUUCAUAUUAAUGAUUUCCCAUAUUUCGGAUUGAAUUUUCCCCUCGUUGCAAUCAUAUGGGGCAGUUUUCCAGCACUGAAACGCUCAUUUGCAAUUAAAUUCGUAACAAUUGAUUGGUAUUACGAAGGGAUAUUCGCCUAUGGAGGUGCUGCUCGGACAAUCACAACAUGGAGACAAGUGAAACCCGAGACCCGAUUAACCCAAUUACUUAAAUCAACUGUAAUCAAAUUAAUCUCAUUAUCUGUUUUAAUCACAAUCACUUUAAUCAUUCACAUCACUUUACUUAUGUUCUCAUCGGGUCCUCUUCAAAUAGCCGAUAGGAAAUCAAUUUUCUGUACUCAAUCGUUUUGGCAAAUUGCAAAUGUUUUCGAUAACAAUUAUUGUUCAAGUCAACACGAACAAUGUUUAGUCCAGUUCUGGUCAGUUUCCGUUGAGGCUCAAUGUCUAUUGGUCAUCGUAAUCCUCGUAUUUUUAUACAAACGAAAACCCAAAAUCGCAAUGACCAUCAACCUGAUCGGUAUCAUCGGGUCCAUACUUUAUAUUUCUUUGAAAUUAUACAUUUACCGUUAUCCGGCUCAUUUAUGUGGGAUUGAUAUUUCCGAGAUGAAUGAAAUAAUCUACUAUGUGAUCAAUGUUUAUGCGACUUUACCACAUCACUUUUGGAUUAUUUUGUCCACAGUUUUGUAUAUCUAUUUAAUGGUCAACGAUUAUGGUCCAGUUUUCCUCAAGUUUCCGCUCCUUAAACUACUUGAUUCACAUAUGUAUCUUUUUGGUUUAUUCAUAACAAUCAGUCAAUUGUUUUAUCCAAAUUUGAUUAAACCUUUUGAAACUCCAUUGGUGAUUAGUAUCUACGAGACUGUCCAUCGAUUGGUCAUUUGUUUAUUUUUCCUUCUUUGUGGAUUUAGAAUUGCUGAUGAAACCAAAUCCCAAGUUUCUAAUAACGAUGUUGAUACAAUUGAUAACAAUAAUCAAGAGAAAUCUAAAAUUGAUUCUAAUUAUAAUGAUGAUAAAAUUGCUAAAUAUAAAUUCUAUUCCGCAAUUGCUACAAUUUUAAGGUCAACUUUUUGUAUUCACAUGACGAUUCUCAUUGUUACAUUGAACACUCUUCGAAAACCAAUCUCAACCAACGUUGAAAUGUUAAAUCUCUUUGUAUACCAAUUGAUUAGUUGUCUUCUUGGUGGUUUACUGUUUCACUUUUUUGUCCUUGGUCCAUUCACAAAUUUGGUUCUCUCAAUGAAAAGUAAACCUAAAUCCAAAUCCAAAUGAUUAAAAAUCCUCUCGAUGAUCAGUUAAUUGUGGAAAUUGUGAAAUUCAAUUGAAAAUUUUUUUCGAAAAAAAAAUCGAAAUAAUUUCUCUCAUACUAAACAGAUGGAGACACUUUCGUUCACGUUGAUCUUAAUUAAAGAGUAACAAUUAACUUAACCAAA